AUGGAAGCGGGGCAGCAAUAUGCGCGUCAGCCGCUGAGCGCAGGACGAGACAUGGAAGAGGAGAUGCAGCGCGUGCUGCAAUUCCUGGAUACGUCAAUGAUCACGCCGCCGUCCGGCAGCGACCUCGUGACGCAGCAGACGCCAUCCCAGCGAUCAGAGCAGCCUACGCCAGAGCAUUUGCGAGAACUGGCGGCAUUGAACGAGGACGAAGGAACGGCAGCGUACAGUACGCUCGGUGAAGUGAUUGAUCUGUUGGGCUCACUAGACGCUAAUGUCACGGACCCGAGUCUGCUACAGCAGCGACAACAGCAGCAACAGGACCCCUCGCUCUAUAACGGCAAUGCCGGCACUGGAAUGCCACGAUCGACACCACCUAGCGAUUGUAUAUCCGCCCAAAGAGUGCAAUUGCCUCGCUCGACCUCUGUAAGUAGCAGUCACAGCGGCGUGGACAGCAUCUCACCUGUCGGUCUGCUCAGUGGUCCGUCCAUGUCGCCCGCCACGAUCAACUGGUUGCAGACACUCGUGCCGUCGACAAGUACCGAGAGCCUAACAGGCCUCAUCUCGCCUGCUACGCUUUACGGUGCCGGUGGUGGCUCUGCCUCUGGAAUCAGCAUCAUCGACUGGAAGGCUUACAAUGAGUCAACGGAUAAAACCCAGAAAGGACCGUCCAAGUGGCGUGUUAUCCCUCAGCACGGACCGCAUGCCGACCCAGCACCAUCGUCCAGCUCUAAGCUGAGCGCACAACAGCAAAUGUACCUAGCUGCUCGGAAGAUGACGGAGGAGAAGAACAAGCGGAAGGCACUCGUGUCACCCGAAUAUGUCCAGUACGCCAACCCCCGUGGGUCGGUCCAAUACGCGACAAAAGUCCCGGAACCAACUGGACGUCGCCCAUUUAAAAAGUCGCUGCACCACACAACAGCUCCUGGUGUCCAAGCAAACCAGCAGCAACAUAGUGACUCUACAUCUUCCUCAUCGUCUAAAUUAAACGGAAAAGAUGAGGAUGUACGCUGCAAAUGCACGGGAAAAUGCCGGAAUGCUCGCUGUGCGUGUGUGAAGGCUGGACUGGUGUGUGGUGCUCAAUGCAAGUGCGUGAGCUGUGCAAACCCAUUCGUACCGAUGGCCCGGGAAGGUAUCGACAUCCAGCUGAUGGUGCGUGACGUCUGCUUGAUGCAAUAUCUGUCCAAGAUCAAGGACAUGCAAGAGCUGCUGGACUCGACGGUAAGCUACGAGUGCUGCGAAGGAGGCGGCGGCGUUGUGCAAGUUAAACACACAGUGGAGAACGGCUUCGCCUGUCCUCAUUGCCACGCGCACUUUACGUAUUCGUGGUGCAACAACCGACUGUGCCCCGACGCCAAGAAGCCGCGUCGUCAUUGCGCUAAGUGCCGUCGAUGUGGUGACCAUCGUAACCAGCACUGCGACUUGUGCAACCAUUGCUACUUUGCCGGCGUGGCCAACAGCUUCCGCUGCAGUUGCCAGUCUGGUGGUAGUGGCGGUGGUGCCAAGACAAGAACGGUAGUGCCCAAUCCAGUACGCCGAGAUCCCGAUCCUUCCAAGAAUGAAGACAUGGAUACACCGAACGGCCAACCACGCUUCGGAGCUAUUAACCCAGCAGUUGAGGGCUCUACACGCGACGAAAACGCUGAUGCCAACAGCAGUGCAAAGACAGAUGAAGAGGCCGACGACUCAUGCAAAAUGCAGUAA